GUGAAACUUCGUUUCGUCGUUUGACUCAUUCCGAAUGUAACACUGAACACUACUACUGUAAGAACCUCCGAUAACGGUAACUGUAUCGAUAUGGGACGGGCACAAAGAGGCUAAUUCUUAUUGUGUUGAAACAAAGACCGACGAUGACCAGCGACGAAGAGRUCGAGGAUGGACACGACCAAUGCAGAGAGCAGGAGGUGGACCCGAUUGAAAGAUGGAUCCCGUAUUAUCUACGACGCUUCGUGGCCCCGUACCACGACGAAUUUUGCUAUACCCACCUCUACCAUUUUCGAUUGGUUGCCGCCCUCAUGAUGGAGGGCUUCUUGCCCAUUGCGACGGAGGGCGUCAUUCUGCCGAAGCUACACCACGAGCGAUCUGUGAUACCUCUUCCGGAGGGACUGCACGUAUCGAAGUCGAUCCGAAAGAAAUCGAAGCGGUUUCGGCUGACGGUCAAURAAGACAUCGAUCGUGUGGUCGAGGGAUGCCGCCAACAGCAUGGCCGUUCCUGUUGGCUUUACCCCGAUCUGGUAAAAGUCCUCAAGGACAUCCACGAUGCUGGUCGUGUGGACACCGUUAUAAUWCACGGGAAAAAACAAGARACAGCGCCCGUCCGUUUGUAUUCCAUUGAGGUUUGGAACGACGCGACAGGGGAAUUGGCGGCAGGGGAACUGGGAUACACUGUCGGAAGUAUAUACACCAGCCUCACGGGCUUUUCUGCCCAGGACAGUGCCGGAUCGGUGCAGCUGAUAAGCACAGGGCGCUUGCUGUCGCAACUGGGAUUUAAGCUUUGGGAUCUCGGGAUGGAUAUGGAGUACAAGCGAGAUUUAGGAUCAACUCUAAUGAAACGAAAAGACUUUGUUGCAUUUGUUGCCGGGACGAGGGUGACCGAUGGGAACCUGCUGCUUCCGGYGACGAACGACGUUGGUUUCGACUGCAAGUCCCUUGUGGAUCAGACACUGUCGUUGGAAGCAAUAAGGCAAGGGUCUGGGAGCAACAGCAACAACAGGCAGGAAUGCAAGCAUGCCAACAGCACGUCGAGCGAUCAGUGUGAUCCUUCGCAACCAACGAAAAAGAAACGAACGAGCCUCCCCGACAAAACGAAGGUCGUGGUGAGAUGAUUCRGAACAUCGCAUGUUUCUUUAAUGUUGUGGAUAGUCCGAAUUUUUUCGCAAGGUUUCGCCGCUCAUCAAGAAACCAAUUCAACUAAAACAUAAUCGAACAGCCAAACUGUUUUAUAGAGUAUGCGAUGCAAUUUUUGAAUUCUUUACUAAGUAAUUCUAUCCGAGCUUUCCUAGUUGCGUCAAGAAUUCACCGGCGUCUAAGAGCUCCGUGCUUCCGUAACUUACMGUCCUUCGUUCAUUGGCAACAAGUUGUAAGUUUUGGUAUUCCGAGUAACAUCCACCACCGAUGACAAACGCCGUGGUCUCGUGCACUGGAGAUCGACUCAUGGUGCGGAGCUUUUGGACGUCAACGUCGCCCUUGACUCUUGGAUCCAAAUACAAAAAGUCAUCGUCCUCCGUCCCCGGUUUCAUCUCACACAAAUUUUCUACGACCUGGGUAGCGUAGUGCUUGUGGUUUUGACCCAGCAUGGAAGAAACCUUGUCGGCCGCCUUCGCCAAUAGRCCAGUAGCCUGUGAUGUGGCCUUAUUGAAGACACUGGAAAAGACGCUCGACCCAGCAGCAUCGGAACUGGCGUCGAUUUCCUGCAAAGCUGACGACAAGGGCAACAUAUUCAUAGACCUGAGUUGUUUCAAGUAGGCAAGUGCCUUUGUACCCAUCUCUAGUCGAAUCUUUCCUGCUUUGUCGAGUCGAGGUUUGCCGUCAUCUCCUGCCCCCUCCAUGGCUUGUUGGAGUGCAGCUGCUACCUCGUCGACAUCUGUGGUCUUCGCAUUGGU